CCAGCAUAUCGAUAAACGAACUAGUCAAUUCAAUGGAGCAAGCAUAUAUCAUCAUUAAUGAAUCCAAGGAACGCAAGAUCCCGAUCAGUCGGAAUAAGGUCCUGUCAGCCUUGACCAGUGAAGCAGGCGCUACAGCUCACGCCAACUGGGUGUCGGAGCAUGUCAUACCCGACUUGCUAUUAUCGCAGGAAGAGUUUACAUUGUACUCCGCCCUCGAGGACUCAGACGACUUGAGCAACCUCCUCAGCAGUCGAAUUACGCGCGCAACGCGACCGUUAUCUGACGAAGAACUUCGGCACUCAAUUAAUUUACUCAACGCUUCCACGGUCGCGAUACGACGACAAACUGCCAUAGUCUCUUCACAAUCACAAUUUAUAAGUAUACAACUCCAGCGGAAGGAAGAACGGGAGUUUGAGCUUGAGAGAGAUGCGGAUAGGUUACGUGCGCAAGUUCUAUCAGGGAGACAGACCGCUUCAGUCGCAUCUGAUGAGAUGUCUCGUGAAUUAGAACUCAACGUCAGAUUGGAGUUGGAGAAGGUAGCCACGGAAGGGAGAGGCUUACUCUCGUCUCUGACUACUCGAUUAAAAGCCGAUGAUGGACAACUCGCAUGCCUUGAGAGAUUUGGGCACGGCCUUCAGUACGCGGGGGAUGAUGCUUUUAUCUCCAAGCGGGCCAUAGAACUGGGUAUACAUCAUGCUCAGUAUGUCGCUGGAGAGAUACGGUAUCGGCUUGACCGCUUGUACUUGGAAAGUGUGCAGACGGAUCAUGCCACCAUACAAACGGGCGAAACACGAGCCGAGUCAGCAUUGGGUGCUCUGGAAGAAGAACUGGAGUCGUUGUAUCCCGAGAUCGAAAUUCUAGCAGAAAUGUCCACUAAAAAGCAACUCGUGGAGCCCAUACUGCAUGGGAUCCAGGAACAGCACGGGGCGCUCCGCACGGCCGCUCAUCAGAAACUGCACCAUCUUGGAGACAUAGUCUCGAAGAUGGCAUCGUCCACGAGAGAGAUCGCCAUGGGCUUACAGGAUCAGGAUUCGUCCUGUGGGGCACUGGAAGCCUUCACUGCUGCAUACAGAACUGAAACGAGUGAUCUGCUUUCGGCUUCGUCUGCUGAGAAGCGGAAAAUGGCGAGGAUUCAAGCCCCACAGGAAGCAUUUCUACACGCCCCUUCAGCAAGUUGUACUGCUCCGCUCUUCGGACUCCAAGCUUUCACAGGGCUUCAACGCAGAGUAGGCUUGAUCUUGGACAAUUUAUCAUCUAAAGGAAUAGGUGGGCCCUUGGAAUACUUGCAGGCAAGGAGAUGCAGUUUGGUAGAUUCUUUACACGGUUACAGCUUAGCUGCAGAUUCACCGUUAGACGCUGAUUUGUUCGCCACAGAUUGGGCAAUCCAAUCUCUUCUGCCUCGACUCCAGACCAAUUCAGAACCUAAGGCCUCAUUAACGAGUGUCAACAGCGAGAACAGGAUUGCUGAACUUGAGUCUGUAUUGCAAUAUAUUGAGGAAGAGCUAGAGAGACUGGAGCCUGGUGUGCUUUAUAGACCCGAUUCGUUUCCGGCAAGUUUCUUGAAGAGAUGGAACGGACAGACGUCGAAUUUCUAGGACUAGACCGAGUUCGUGGAAAGAUUAUAAAAAGUCCCGGACUUGUGCAUAUACAAAUUUGGUCUUCAUGAUCCACGAGUGACUGGAUUUCC